AUGGCCGAUCAAUGGCAAGAUAGUAGCGUAUCAAAUAUUCUAAUACGUGAUGAUAAUGAUGAUGAUGUUCCUGAUGCUUGGGAAGAUAAAUUAGAAGAAAAACCUAAAAAAUCCGACGUAGAAGAAAAACCAAAAGCACCUGUAAAAGCACCAUCAACAACAAAAAAUAAACAAAUUAAAAAGAAAUAUACUGGUGAUGAGCGUACAAGUGAUGACGAAUUUCUUGAAUCUUUAAAAGAACCUGAUCGACAAUAUACACCUGAAGAACUUGAUGAAUUAAGAAAACGUGCUGAAUUACAAAAAGAAGAAGUUAAAUUAAAAAUGGCAACAGAUUUUAUUGGUACAGGUGGUGAACUCCAUUCAUUAGAUAAUGUUAAUUUAGUAACAAAAGAUGAAUUUCUUGAUUAUAGUUUUCGUUUAUAUAAUCGUCUUGAACUUUUAUCAAAAUCAGAAUUUUAUAAAGAAUUUCUUGAUGAUUUAGUUAAUGGAUUAACAAAACCGAUAUCACUUGAUGGUGUUAAACACAUGCAAGCAACAUUACAAGCUAUAUCAUUACGUAAACAAAAUGAGGAACGUGAAAAAAAAUUAAAACCUAAAGCAAAAAAAACAGUUAAACCACAAUUAGUAGCAGAUCUACGAAAUGAAAUGGAAUCAUUUGUUAGUGAAGGUAUCAAUAAUGUUGACAUAAAUGAAGAAUAUGAUGAAGAUAAUGAUUUUAUGUAA